UCCCUUCCAUCCAGCAGCACAGUCUCAUUUCUCCACACACCAGCUCUGAGUGGAAGCUCAGCAGGGGUGUCUGGGAUAACCGCACGGAGGCUCUGGCGACGACUCUCUACAAUCCAAAGACAAAGAACGCCGGUGGAGGGGAGAAUGGGCAAAUCAGAAAGUCAAAUGGACAUCAUGGAGAAAUCAAGCAAACCAGGGAAGCGCCGUUGGACCAUCGCAGAGAUCAGCCUGUCUGUUCUGCUGCUGCUGCUCAGCUGUGCCUUGGCAGGGCUAAUAGUGCUCUAUACGUCGGCUGUGAAGGAACAAUCCAACAGGACUGGUGUCUGGACUAGCUCCACGGACAAGGGGCAGCAGCACGGCUCCAACAUCAACAACGUGUGCACGACCGCAGAGUGUGUUGUUGCAGCCGCGAGACUCCUGCAGAACAUGGAUGCCUCGGUGAAGCCGUGUGAGAACUUCUACCAGUACGCCUGCGGGGGUUGGCUGGAGCGCCAUGUCAUCCCAGAGACCAGCUCCCGUCACAGUGUGUUUGACAUUCUGGGGGACAAGCUGGAGAUUGUCCUCAAAGGUGUUCUGGAGACUGAGAACGAGGAGGACAGGGUGGCUAUACGCAAGGCCAAGACACUUUACAGCUCCUGCAUGAACGAGAGUCUGAUAGAACAGCGGGACUCCCAGCCUCUGUUGAGGCUCAUUGAAAGUAUCGGAGACUGGCCAAUUGCCUCCGAUGAUUGGAACACGACCACAGAGGAGGCGUGGAGUCUGGAGGACGAACUGGCAACACUCACAUCUCGCUUUCAUAAGAAGGUGCUGCUGGACAUGUACGUGUGGACGGACGACCGAGACUCCUGUCGCCAUAUCAUUUACAUUGACCAGCCUGGUCUUGGAAUGCCAUCCAGAGACUAUUAUUUCAACGAUGGAAAUUACCAAAAGGUACGAGAGGCCUAUCUGCAUUUCAUGGUUUCCAUCGCCAAAAUCGCCCGAGAGGACCGGAACCUGACCCAAGACGACGACCGCGUGUGGGAGGAGAUGGGGCAGGUGCUGGACCUGGAGACAGAUAUUGCAAACGCCACGUCCCCGGUGGAGGAGCGGCAAGAUGUCACGGUUCUUUACAACCGGAUGACCCUGGCAGAGCUCCAGGACUCCUUCAAGUUCAACGGUUUUAACUGGACUAGAUUCAUCCAAGGUGUACUGUCCAGUGUGUCCAUCAAAAUACAGCCUGAAGAGGACGUGGUGGUCUACAGCUCUCCAUACCUGGAGAAAAUGAAUGAAGUUUUAGCCAAACAUAGUGUCAGAACUAUGCAGAACUACCUCACCUGGCAGCUCAUCCUUGAUCGAAUCAACAGCCUGAGUCGCCGCUUCAAGGAAGCCAGAGCACACUACAGAAAGGCUCUGUUCGGCACCACGGUAGAGGAGGUGCGUUGGCGUGACUGUGUGCGCUACGUCCAAAGCAGCAUGGAGAACGCGGUGGGGGCGCUGUACGUGCGCGAGACCUUCGCUGGAGAGAGCAAACGCAUGGUCAGUGACCUCAUCAGUAAGAUCCAAGAAGCCUACGUGGAAACCCUGGAGGAGCUGAGCUGGAUGGACGCGCCCUCCAAGGAGAAGGCCAGAGAGAAGGCCAUGGCCAUAAAGGAACACAUUGGGUAUCCAGACCACAUUCUGGAAAAGAACAAUCAGAAGCUGGAUGAGGAGUAUGCCCAUCUUAAUUUUACAGAAGAUAACUACUUUGAGAACAUACUUGAAAACCUCCAGUGUGAGGCACAUAAAAGCCUGAAGAAACUCAGAGAACCAGUUGACUCAGACCUAUGGAUCAUUGGUGCUGCUGUAGUGAAUGCGUUUUACUCACCAAACAGAAACCAGAUCGUAUUUCCUGCAGGUAUUCUGCAGCCACCUUUUUUCAGUAAGCAUCAGCCGCAGGCCCUCAACUUUGGCGGGAUUGGCAUGGUGAUUGGACACGAGAUCACACAUGGGUUUGAUGACAAUGGGCGCAAUUUUGACAAGGACGGUAACAUGCUCAACUGGUGGAGUAAUUACUCUGCCGAGCACUUUAAAGAGCAGUCCCAGUGCAUGGUGCAACAGUAUGGGAACUUCCACUGGAAGCUUGCAGGUGGACAGAAUGUCAGCGGUAUCAGUACACUGGGGGAAAACAUUGCCGACAAUGGAGGAGUGAGGCAAGCUUUUAAGGCUUAUCUGAAGUGGGUGGCUACAGAAGGUGAAGAGCCUCAUUUACCUGGACUAGACCUGAAUCACAAACAGCUUUUCUUUCUUAACUUUGCCCAGGUUUGGUGCGGUGCCUAUCGCCCUGAGUAUGCUAGCCAGUCCAUCAAAACCGACUCCCACAGUCCCCUAGAAUACAGAGUUCUUGGAUCCCUGCAGAACUUUGAAGCCUUCUCCGAGGCGUUCCAGUGUGAAAAAGGCAGCCUUAUGAAUCCUGAGAUGAAAUGCCGGGUCUGGUAGACCAUUCUGGUACUUUUGCUAUUUAUUGCUAUGGAUAACUCAUAAAAGCUGGUGAAAAUCUUGAAACCAACAGAGAUAUCCUGCGUGAACUCCAUCUGCAAUAACUCUCUCUCUCUAUAUAUAUAUGUAUUUACAUGGCGAAAGAUCACACAUUUACAUAUUAACAUUCUCUUGAGAAAACUCGAGCUGUUGUUUUGAGACUGGACGCGUAUACACGUAUGUCAGUGAACACAAAGAAAGGAAUAGAGUAUUGCUGCUCAUAUUUGAAGUCUUGCUUGUGGUCACUGGUCUCUGCUUACAAACGGUCACACUGUGUCCUUCUGGGGGCGUAAGUGAAAACAGCUACGUAAAACAAACAAACCAAGAGCGUGAUGAACGCUGAGGCUGACAGCUGGGCCUAACGGGCUUUACCAACACUUCUUGAAUUAGUCCUUUCGAAAUAUGGGGAAGGAUCUUUGUGAUUAUUCCCGAUCUGUGGGCACAUAGUUGCCUUGUUGUGUUUGCUUUUAUUCUCUUUGAGUCAAAACGUUGAACAAGAAGAACAAGCACCAGUGUCGUUCGGCCGAAAGCUUGAAAAUGAGAUAAACAUGUGAUGGGAGUUUUGCUGAAGCAGAGCUAAAUAUAAUUAGUCACACUAUGAGGCUUUAGUCAUUCACUGUAAAAUUAAAGAAAUUACAUGAAGACUUUAAGACUGUUAAAUCUUUCCAGCUUUAAAAAAAAAAAAAGAGACAUUUAUUAAAUACUGACAGAUUAACAUAUCUUUUUACAGUGAACUUGUACAGCGUGACUACAUUUAAAAUGUAAAAGCUAUUAAGAAUUUGUAUUCAUACCGCAUAUCAUCCAAACUCCAUUCUCUCACAGUCGAAUUGCAAGUUUAUGCCAUCGGGCAUGGUGUUACAGUCAUGGGAGGUAGAGGCACAAGUGGGGUUUCUGUAUGCCUGAACACUAUUCCUAAAAGGUUAUACAAGUGUCGGCAAUACCUUGGAGAGUAAAAGUUCACCCAAAUGCAGAUUGGACUAAAAUGUAUGGCUUAUUUUACUAUAAUAAUAAAAUCUUGUAUCCUAUCUGUUAGUUAAGGAAAGCCUUAACAUUUGGGACUGAAUAUGGUCUAACUGAUACUCCAACCCAUACCCCAGACGUCCCCUGGACUCCCUCCUCGGCCCAUUCUACCUUGUGUUGUCAAAUAGGACAUGACCUUUGACCUGUGUGCCGUUUAUGUUACGUACAUGUUCUUAUCAAGUCUCUAAUAACCAAGUGUGUUUGUGGUUCAAGUGAUAGAUACACAUUUCUGGACAACAAUAGAUAUAUCCUUUUUGAUAAAAAUCUGUGAGUUUACGUUUUGAUAUACAAAGUGACACAAAUACUCUUUGGUCAAGGAAAAAAAUGAACAGCCGUUGUUUUACUGGAAGCUUUGUGACCCCAGCCGUGAGGCGACGAGUUUGGUGACGGUCGCGUACUGUUGAACUCUCUUGGAAACCUUUUAUCCAAGAGGCUCGUCGUUAGUGGCCACAGACGAAUUAGUGAGAAAGCAGAGUGCCGGAGAGGGAUUAUCUGGACAUGUAUCAAAGGAAGUGGGCUACCUUGAACCAUAUUGAUCAGCGGUGUGCACAUGAAAGAAAAAGAGGCAGAGAGAUAGAGAGACAGAGCGAGAGAGGGAGAGGGAGAGAGCGAGAGAGAGAGAGAGAGAGAGAGAGAGAGAGAGAGCGAGAGCGCGAGAGAGACAGAGAGCGAGAGCGCGAGAGAGACAGAGAGCGAGAGUGGGAGAGCGGUCGCUUUGUGCCGGAGCGUGUUGCCCACAGAGAUGAAGCUGGCCACUCUGGGUCCUAGGGUUUAGCGUGGCCAUUACGGAGUCGCGCGGGGCGGGGGGGGGGGGGUCUGGUCUGUUAUUUUCUACCUUGAUUAACGGGUAAUGACAGUGGAACACGGGAGCAGUACAUAGAGAAGACAGAGAGAGGGUUGACUUGACUAUAUGACCAAUCAGGUUAGCCCGUGGAGUUGUUGUUGUUGUUGUUGCGGCAGCAGCCACAAAGGAACAUCUGGCUCCAAUUGUUCUUCAUCAUAGGGUUGUAGGCAUUGGGACUGCUCAACAUUACAGCACGGGAAUAACAGUGCGACGCAGAUUUUGCUGAUCCGAACCUGUUUUUAUAACUUAUGCAAUAUCAAUAUCAUAUUCAAGUGUAGCCAUGUUGAUGUAGCCUAUAGGGAAGAAUAUUGUAUUAAGGUCGUAGUUAGUCACUUCUUCAAAACAAUUAUUUAAAUACCAGUUUAUAUACAUUCACCCUCAUCUCGAAUAUAAUGUAACUUGUAUGUUAUGUCUUGUUGCAACCCAUUCCCUACUAUACAGACUAAGUCUCUCUAUCACUCAGAAUAGUGUGUUAUGUGGAAUCAGUAUAUUUGAGGAGGAACAUCCCCAAGCUCACAAUGUAUCCUCUCACACUAUUGUAAGAGGCUUUGGAUAAUAGUGGGUCCAAAAUGACUUUCAUUUACACAAAGUUCCCUGAAACUGAAGUUUCGGAGAGCGCAGGCAAUAUGCAGUUGGGAAGGGUGAUUGACAAUCACUAUUUAGGUCCAACAAGGGUUCAGAUUUGGCAGCUGUAUUGCAACUAUUUCCUCUAGUGAGCUGUUAAAGUGCAACAACAUGAAGUUAGCAAACUCCCCGCUGAAACAAGGUCUCUGGAAAGUGGAACACGUAGUAAUUAGGGAGAGCUGAGGUCUGCAGCCGGGGGAGAACCAGGAAACGUAGCAUUACUCCAGGUAACCCGACAUAACUUUUAUGUGGAGGUUAAGCAUUGCUGGUGGGCUGGUGGACGUGUGUCACUGAGUACGGACCGAAUUAAUGCAGCAUUUCCAGCUGUUACUCUGUUCUUACACAUUGAGAAAAGAUUGAAUAUAAUCAACGACACCACUUAGAUAUAGUACUUAUAUAUUGUUAUAUAUUAUGUAACUGAAUAUAUAACUCAAAGAUAUAUUCGUUGUCUAUUAUAUUAUCCAGUAAUAUGGUAGAUAUUUCGCUGUGACGAUGUGAAAUAAUAUGGAGGCCUAAUUACAAUGUGAUAUUCAUAACAUUGAGGUAAAUGCAGUGAAGGUCAUCGUGUUAUUUCCGUGCUGUAACGUUGCUACCGGUCGAAGGUCCCAUUGGGGAUGCCUUCCUAAGUUCAACAUGACUGUUAGUUUGUGGCCAUAUAGACUGCUACAAUGAAUGUGCCAAUGGAAGCUUUAUACGCUCAGCCUGUUUACUCUACAUAUUGGCCAACACUGUUUCCGACCGGGGGAAAUUCAAAACCUCUGUGGCUAGGGACUGUUCAACUUGGAGUACUAAUACUGAGAGUGUGUUGCCGUCUACAGCAGCUAUUCACUUUUCACUUCAAAAAACAUAUAAGCUAACCAACAAUAUAGUUUGGCUUUGAUAUUUUAGAAGCAACUGCUUGGCCUUUUGUAGAUUUUUCUCACUUUCUCUUUACAUGUAAGGAAACAGAUGAAGAGUCCUUAUUGUAUAGAGUAAAAUAGCUAGGUUAUAUACAGUGUGAUGUUAGACAAAAUGUUCGGUAUGCCCUGUACAGUCGUGAUAACAAAUCAACAGAAUGCAGAGGUGGGAAAAUAUAUGGCUUGCAAAUUCUUAAUUGUUCUUUUAGCUUUAUAUUCCUGUAAAAUCAUUUUAAGAGUAAUCAUCAAAUGCUAAUCCUAAUGGUACAUAUACAUUGCUUUAUAUGUCGGCUAUAGAAGCCAUAAACCAACCAAACCAGAGAAAGUUUAUUUAUCUAUGUAUUUAUAAUAUACCCUUGUUGCUCUGCAUAAGUAUUAAAGGAUGUUAUAUGAAUGUUUCUGCUGCUAUGUAAUUUUUGAGACUGCUAUUUUUGUGCCUCAAAUAUGUUAUAAAUUCCAUUAAAGUAUCUUUACUUGUAUGGU